CCUGGUAGGUGACUGGAGGCAUUCAGCAGUGCUCACUGGGAUUUUGCUCAUGUGGCCCCAACCCCGCCUCCCUCCCCACCCUGCGAUGUCAGAAAAAACACAACAGGGGAAAUUGGCUGCAGCCAAGAAAAAGCUAAAAAAAUUAUGGCAGAGGAAGAGCCCUGGCAUUCCAGGAGGAAAGCAAAUCAAUAGCAGUAGCCCUGAAGCAUCCACUUCUCGUGGUUACCACUCACCUGGGGAUUCAGCAACAGGUGUGUACAGGGAGGGCCCUGCGUCAUCUACCCUGAAGGAUCUGGAGAGCCAGUACCAACAACUAGAGGUAGCCCUGGAUUCAAGCUCCACAAAAUUCGGCCAACUCAGCGAAAACAUCAAUUCACUGGGAAGAGCUCCUCGCAUGUUGAAGAAGGGGAAGUCCCGAUUACUGAAGCUCGGGAGGAGCUUGUUCAAGUUAAAACACCAGACGGCUGAACCCCUGGCCCCAGAGCCCCCAGCAGGGCCCUCUGAGGUGGAGCAGCUACAGGUUGAGAUCAACCAUCUAAAAAAGGAGCUGGAGAGCGCGAGAAGACAGCUCCAGGCCAAGAUGGAAAACAACAAGAUGUUGCUUCUCCUGAGCACCGGACACAAGGAGAGGCUACAAACACAGGAGAAGAGGAUACGUGAACGGGAGGAGAGGAUAUAUGAAUGGGAUCUGCAUAUACGGAAACAGGAGGAGAGGCUAUGCGAAUGGGGAGAGAGGCUAUGUGACUGGGAAGAGAGGCUACAGGAACGGGAAGAGAGGCUGCGUCAGCAGAAGAAGCUGCCAGGGCAGGAGAGGCCGCGGGAGCUGGAGAGGAUGCUGGAGCCGGGGUGGGAAGACCUCGAUGAGGAGUUGGAAGAGCUAUCCAGCGCCUCGGAGGACCUGGCCCUACAGCUGCUGGAGCAGAAAAUAAAGGAGAAGAAGCCAGGUGAGCUGAAAGAG